AUGAUGACACACAGAAGUUACCAACUUCUCACUUUUUCUACUCUUUACUCGACUAAUGAGAAGUUGCCAUGUCACUUUGUUAGUUUCGCAAUUUUUCCAAGCGUGAAAAGAAUCUUCGCUUUUACAGCUUUACAGGUUGAGCAGAUUGAAAUAGAGAAAUCAAGAAUGUUCCUGAAUAAUUAA